GCGACGCCUGGCGGAUACCCGAGCCAUGAACCGCAACGUGCGAGGAGACAAUGUAGAGUUCACGGUCAAGGCCGUGGAAGACCUGGUUCUCUCGGGCACCGAGCGCUCCGUGGUCCGCGUUCCGGCCAACAACAUGUACUCGUGCUUGAUGCAGAAGACGCAGCGCUUCUCGUCGCUCUUCCGCCACUACAGCAAGCACCAUGGCCUGCCCCGCGAGUCGCUGGACUUUUGCUUCAUGAACCUCCUCAGUCUUGAAGAUUCGCCCGAGUCGGUGCACCUGCAAAAGAACGACGUGAUCCACGUGCGCCACCGCCGCCCGUUGGCCAUUGUCCCACCACCUCGCCUCUCGGACGAAGAGUACUUUACGUCGAUGCGUCGCCUCCUCGAGAGUGGCGACAAUAGCGACGUGGUGUUGCGGGUUGGCGCGGAUGCCAAGGAGCUUCGCGGCCACAAGCUCAUUUUGACGACGCGCUGCGAAGUCUUUAACGCGAUGCUUAGAUCAGACUCGAUGCGAGAGAGCGAGAACGGCGUCGUUGUUUUGCGAGACGACUGCCCGGACAUGGUCCGCCGGCUCCUCGAAUUCAUCUACACGAACCGGAUCGCCGAUCUCGCCAUGCUCACGGCGACGCAACUCAUUGAGCUCCUCGCGCUCGCCGAACAGUACCUCUUGCGCACGAUGAAGGAGCUCUGCGAAGCCGCGGCCGUCGAACUCAUCUCGAACGACCACUGCGCCAAGCUCCUCAGCGCCGCCGAGCGCUACAACGCGCAGUUCCUCAAGGACUCGUGCGUCAAGCACAUUGUGGAAAACAUGCAAGACAUUGUCGACGAAGACGCCUUUUGCCACGAGAUCCAGCAGUGCCCAUCGCUCGCGAUCAUCAUCAUGAAGGCCCACAGCGCCCACAGCACGUCGUUCUCGCCCGAGCCCGCGGCCAAGCGACGACGCUUCAACAUGCCCAACGAAGAGUCCGACUACGAGUGAAGCGCGUGUGUUUGUAUUUAAUGGCAUCGAACGAGCGUACAUACGACUGACUAAUCUUGUGGGAGCCCAUACCGCGGAGACUCGAGCAGUAGCCUGCACCCAUCGAUCGAAUCUCUGCCGCCUGUCCCGGCGCGUGGGACAGAACCGAGCGUCCACGCCGCCGUCUGAGUCUCUGCGCGUUCUCAGGUGCUCCUGCGACAACAUUGACCAUCUUGGGACGAGACUUGUAGUACUAGUAGGAGACUAGCGACUAAAGAGUUGAAGGAAGUGCAGCGAAAUUAAGUUAACAGUAAGCGAAAAGAGUGAAGAGGGC